CUCCUUCUUCAGUAGGGUUUUUACUGCAAGAUGGCAUUUGAGGGAGAGAGUGUGAUAUCGAAUUCAAGUUCAGUCACCACUUGUUUCCCAACCCAUAAUCAGAAUCAUACCCAGUCCCCCAACCCCAACGGUGGAGCUCCUAAGUUCAGCUCUCCCCAAAAAAAGAAUCGAGUUCAAGGGGAUACUUGCUUUUCGUGUCAAAAGAAAGGGCAUUGGGCAAAAGACUGCCCCAGCAGAACCCCAAAGAAACCAGAGCCAUCCAGUCCCAAACUGUAUGUCGCCGCCGAUGGUUUUCAGUAUUCCCCUUGCCUUUUGUGUCCUUGCGGUGCCGGGACUUGCCUUCUGCUUACCUCUAAUACCGACAAGAACCCUGGUCGCAAGUUCUAUACGUGCCCCAACAAGGAAGCCAAAUGUAAGUUUUUUAAGUGGUCUGACAUGGUGAGAUCUGACGAAAUCAUCUAUGCUCCAAUUUGCGGUUGUGGUGCUGCACCUUGCCGUAUACAUAUUGAAACAAGUGGGCCAAAUGCGGGUCGCAAGCUCUUUGUCUGCCCUAUAAAAAAGGGUCAAGGAGCCUGCAACUUCUUUCAGUGGCAGGAUGUGCAUUCCCCAAGCAACAACUUGGUCGAGCAAGGUGAUUUCACUCACCCUGGGCUGAAAAUUCAGGCGGCGACGGUGGAUGCUAGUCGUAAUCCCCAACAUCACAGGGAAAAUUCUGGAUCAUCAAAGAGGGACAAAGCAAUGAUGGUAGAGUUCAAGGGACUAGAGGACACGUCAGAUGAUCUUCUUCGAACACAUUGUAAAAGGUUGCGACAUGGAUCCCCCAAAAUUGGUGGUUCUGUUUUUGAAUUUGAUGACCUGAGCAUGACAAAGUCAAAGGCAAUAGAUCUAUUGACGGAGGAAGAGUUUCGAGCUUCUGUUUUGUCAUCAAAGGAAGAGAUACGCCACAGACAGGCAGAGUAUAGGAGGCAGAUUUCUAUUGCAGGAGCUACUCCGCUAGAAGCUUCCACCUCUUAUUCUUCAUCCUUGCUUACCACCUCAGUGCGGCAAAAUUGUUUGGUGACGGCUGAGAUCCAUCGAAGUCUAGGUCUUCAUUUCCGAGGUUGGUGGGGGAGGCUUGCAUUUCCUCCAUCCCAGUGCUUGGCAAUUCCUGCACCUAAGCCUUUCUUUUGCUGUGUUUUUCCUUCGUUUGAUCCUAUUUCUGACAGUAAAAGUGUUGAUUUGUUUGAAAUUGAGGCCUCACCCCGCCAACGUGAGAGUCCGUUGGCUGCUGAAGGCAACAAUUCAUCACCAGUCCUUAUUGGUCAAGAUGAUCAGUCAUUAAGUGUUGUUCCCUGGGAGCCAUCAAAAUUUGAAGGUUCUUUGGAUAUAGUUCCAGGACGUAUUAUGGAAGUUUCAGUUUCAGAGGCCUUUGGGAAGGUGGCUUUAAUCCUUCAAGACAAGCUUGUUACACUGCUUGAAUCAAUGCAUUAUAGUGCUCACGAGUUUAUGGUCCGGGAAGCAAAAACAACUUUUGCUGCACUGGGCCUGCUCUUUAUUGAUUGCCGACCAUUCUGUAAGAGAGUGGAGGAAUUCAUCAGCCAUGCAUCAUCACUGGCUGAAAUUGGCUCAUGCAUCCGCCAUGACCACCUUUCUAGAGAGCUUCUUGACCGGUGCAAUUUGGAGAAGAAACGGUUGCAUGAUAUUUCUGGUGAUCAUGCUAAGGCUAAGGCUGAUCUGGAGACCUGCAGAGAACGCCUUCAAGUGCUUCGCACUGAGGCUUCCCGAGUCAGGGGUUUGCUUUGUCAAUUAGAGAUGGAGUUGGCAGAUUGUGAGGCUCAGAAUAAGGAUUUUGAAAUUUGCUUUGAUCACAUCUCAAAAGAGAUGGAGGAGUCGGAAAGAAGUGUAGUGGUUGCAUCAAAGGAAGCAGAAGCAGCCUUGAAGCUUUGUCAGCAAAGAGAGGUAGAGCACGAUGCUGCAAAGGCAGCAUUUGACAGGGCAAGGGCGCUGCUGAGAGAGUCAUGA